CUACCUAUUGUCUAGGCUAACUUCGUAUUAUGGCCGUCUAACAUGUGUGUAUAAUUGUUUGUUACAGGUUGUAAUCAGAACAGUUGAACGACAGCAAAAUGGGUGACGGAAAAGUAGAAGAUAACCCCAAAAUACUGUCGGGGCCGGUGUUGACAAACUCGCCGAACGCGGUCCUCUCCAAGACUCUGCUGAACCGGUACAAGGACCUGCCGCUGCCGGCCGACAAGAUCCUGGCCACCUACAUCUGGAUCGACGGCACGGGCGAGCACUUGCGGUGUAAGGACCGCACCUUGAACUUCAUACCGAAAGUAGCAAAAGAUUUGCCUAUUUGGAACUUCGAUGGCAGCUCAACUGGGCAGUCGGACGGGCACAACUCAGACACGUUCCUGGUGCCGCGCGCCCUGUACAAGGACCCGUUCCGCCGCGGCAACCACGUGCUGGUCAUGUGCGACACCUUCAAGUACAACAUGGAGCCCACGGAGACCAACCACCGCGUUCGAUGCCAGGAAUCCUCGGACAAGUGCAAGGACGAGGAGCCGUGGUUUGGCAUCGAGCAGGAGUACAUCCUCCUAGACGCGGAUCUCAGGCCCUUCGGAUGGCCUCCUGGCGGCUGCCCUCCACCACAGGGGCCCUACUACUGCGGAGUUGGUGCCAAUAAAGUAUUCGCUAGAGAUCUCGUCGAUUCACAUUACCGAUGCUGCCUCUAUGCUGGCUUACCUAUGUCUGGCACUAACGCUGAGGUGAUGCCCUCUCAGUGGGAGUUCCAAGUGGGCCCGUCUGUGGGCGUGAGCGCCGCCGACGACCUGUGGGUGGCGCGCUACAUCCUGCACCGGCUGGCCGAGGAGUACGGCGUCAUCGUCACCUUCGACCCCAAGCCUGUGAAAGACUGGAACGGUUCAGGAGCACAUACCAACUUCUCUACUAAAAAGAUGAGAGAAGAGAACGGCAUUAUCGAAAUCGAGAAGGCGAUAGACAAGCUGUCCAAAGUACACAUGAAGCAUAUCAAGGUGUACGAUCCCCGCGGAGGAAAGGAUAACGAGAGAAGGUUGACCGGUCUCCACGAAACCGCCAGUAUUAACGACUUUAGCGCAGGCGUAGCCAGCCGCGGCAGCAGCAUCCGGAUACCGCGCGCGGUCGCGGAGGAGAAGAAAGGCUACCUGGAGGACCGGCGGCCGGCCUCCAACUGCGACCCCUACUCCGUCGUGGACGCCCUCAUGCGCACCUGCAUCCUCAACGAAUAACAGCGGGGCGCGGACGAGCGCCCGCCCGCCGCCACCUUACUACAACACUCCAUGUGCCUAAACACUCUCAGCGAUAAAACCUUCGCUAUGUAACCGUGGGGAUGCGUACGGGCAACCCCGGUAUACCCAUAUUGUUACUGUCUUCAAGUAAUCUCAUUCUACUUAUGUGAGCGCACCGACAUGAUAGGUAGUCCCGACGGCCACAUGUAGUAAUUUAAGCCAGUAUUUAAUGCCUUUCUGCACGUAAGCAGAAUUUACACAAAUUAGGAUCGGUUAAUGUUCUUUUACCUUUUGCAACUGUUGCUAAUAUUGAACACUGCCGGUUUUGAUACAUUUUUUGGAAUAAUGCUAUUAUGGAAUUGAUAAUAAUGAUAAUUUACUGAAUGUAGUUAAUUAAUAACACUUGUGGCCAUUAACAUAGGGAGACAUCUUUUUAAUGUCAUCAUAGUCACUGAGUUCUGGGCAUGGCGGUGGAGCGAUAGUGGUAGAGCGUUAUAUUAUAUGGACCACAUUUUAAUGAAAGAUAUUAUACAUUUUAUUAAAUAAAAUAUUUUUACGAAUAUUAUGUGAUAUUUCACAUUAAUUGUUACUUUGAUGUUGAAUAGUUUAAUUAUAUACAAAUAAU